AUGGCCACAAACACCAACGCGGCGUCUCUCGACGAGUCGCCGAUUCCCGAACCCGUUCACAAACAGCAAAAGCAGACGAUUGAUCCUUACAAUGUAUCCGGGGAGGUUGGCGAGGACGGCGUGGUCAAGGCCAUCGACUACAACAAGUUAGUCGACGAGUUCGGCACCAAGAAGAUCGACGACGAGCUGCUCGCCCGCUUCGAGCGCGUAACCGGCAAGCGCCCGCACCACUUCCUCCGGAGAGGCAUUGUUUUCUCCCACCGAGACUUCGAGCUCAUUCUCGACCGCUAUGAACGCGGCGAGCCCUUCUUCCUGUACACGGGCCGCGGGCCCUCGUCCGACAGUGUACAUGUGGGGCAUACGAUCCCAUUCGAGUUUACAAAGUGGCUCCAGGAUACCUUCGACGUGCCACUCAUCAUCAUGUUGACGGACGACGAGAAGUAUCUGUUCUCCGAAAAGCGAACGAUCGAAGAAGUGCAAGGGUACUGCAAUAGCAACUCCAAGGACAUCAUUGCUAUUGGUUUUGACCCCGCGAAGACCUUCAUCUUUUCUGAUUUCGACUAUGUCGGCGGCGCCUUUUACAGGAAUAUCGUCCGCCUGUCAAAGCACAUCACACUCAACCAGGCCCGCGCCAUCUUCGGAUUCAACGAGAGUAGCAAUAUUGGGAGAAUUCACUUUGGCAGCAUUCAAGUCCUUGCGCCAUCGACCAAGAUCCAUUUCCGCAUGACACGGGAUGUGUCGGCGAGGUUAAAGUACAAGGGGAAGCCCUACGCCAAGCCAUCCCUCAUUCACUCACUCUUCCUGCCGGCUCUCCAAGGGCCUGGCACGAAGAUGUCCGCCUCUAUUGAUGAAUCCGCAAUCUUCAUGAAGGACACCCCCAACCAGAUCAAGAACAAGAUCAACAAAUACGCUUUCUCGGGCGGCAAGGUGUCGGUUGAGGAACACAGAAGCCUUGGCGGCGACACUAGCGUCGACGUGGCGUUCCAAUACCUCCGCUUCUUCCUCGAAGACGACGAAGAGCUGGAGAGGAUCAAGGGGGAGUACGAGAAGGGGGAGAUGCUGACGGGCGAACUCAAGGCCAUUUGCAUCAGGGAGCUCCAGACCUACGUAGCCGCUUUCCAGGAGAGGAGAGCCAAGGUGAGCGACGAGACAGUCAAGGAGUUCAUGGAGACGCGGCCGUUAAAGUGGGGAGGCAACCCCCGCGCGACGAUAGUCGUCCCAGUGGUCGAGAAUGGGGAGGGUGGUGAGGCGGCAGAGGGCGAUGGGAAGAUGACCAAAAACCAGCUCAAGAAGCUCGAGAAGCUGAGGCAAGCCGAGGCCAAGAAGGCCCAGAAGGCAAAGGAGAAGGCGGAAGCAGCAGCAGCGAAAGCGGCAUGA